AUGUCAUAUUUUUUUCUUUUUCUUUCUUACACUUUUCUCUUCUUUUUUCUUCUUUUUUGCUUUCAUUCAUUCUUUCUACGCACAUCUUCAUUGUCUGUCUUUCUUUCUUUCUUUCUUUCUUUCUUUCUUUCCAUAUAUCCCUCAUUGUUUUUUCUUUCUUUCUUUUUGGUUGUUUGUUUCUUUCUUUAUUUCCAUAUAUCCGUCUUUCUUUCCUUUUUCUUUCAUUCUUUUUUUCUACCUACAUGUUUAUUUUCUUCUUUCUUUUUUCUUUCUUUCUUUCUUUCUUUCUUUCUUUCUUUCUUUCUUUCUUUCUUUCUUUCUUUCCACAUAUCUGUCUUUGUUUUUUCUUUCUUUCUUUUUGGUUGUUUCUUUCUUUCUUUAUUUCCAUAUAUCAUUCUUUCUUUCCUUUUUCUUUCAUUCUUUUUUUCUACCCACAUGUUUAUUUUCUUUCUUUCUAUCCACACACCCGUUUUCUUUCUUUCCAUCUUUCUUUCUUUCUUUCUUUCUUUCUUUCUUUCUUUCUUUCUUUCUUUCUUCAUUGAGUCAGUGAAAAUUCCUUGUGGCCCCUUAAAAUUAUUGGUCUAUCUAUCUAUCUAUCUAUCUAUCUAUCUAUCUAUCUAUCUAUCUAUCUAUCUUAAUCUGUUCAUUAUCUAUCUAUAUCAGGCAUGGGUAACCUUUUCCAAUCAUUUGCCCGUGACUGAUCUAUAUCAAUCUGUUCCUUAUCUAUCUAUCUAUCUAUCUAUCUAUCUAUCUAUCUAUCUAUCUAUCUAUCUAUCUAUCUAUCUCAAUCUGUUCCUUAUCUAUCUAUCUAUCUAUCUGUUCAUAUCUAUCUAUCUAUCUAUCUAUCUAUCUAUCUAUCUAUCUAUCUAUCUAUUCAUCUGUUCAUCUAUCUAUCUAUCUAUCUAUCUAUCUAUCUAUCUAUCUAUCUAUCUAUCUCAGGAAUGGACAACCUUUUACGAACAUUGGGCCGCGUCCCAUUCUAAAUGCCAUUCGGGCCGCAUUUCGUCCAUCUAUCUAUCUAUCUAUCUAUCUAUCUAUCUAUCUAUCUAUCUAUCUAUCUAUCUAUCUAUGUUCAUCAUCUAUCUUUCUAUCUAUCUUAUUUACAUUAUCUAUCUAUCUAUCUAUCUAUCUAUCUAUCUAUCUAUCUAUCUAUCUAUCUGUUCAUUAUCUAUGUAUCUAUAUGUUCAUUAUCUAUCUAUCUAUUUGUUCAUUGUCUAUUUAUUUUUCUAUCUAGCUGUGUCUUUUUCCUGUCCGACUUUUCUUUCUUUCUUUCUUUCUUUCUUUCUUUCUUUCUUUCUUUCUUUCUUUCUUUCUUUCGUUAUUUCUUUCUUUCUUUCGUUAUUUCUUUCUACCCAUAUAUUCAUUUUCUUUCUUUCUUUCUUUCUUUCUUUCUUUAUAUUCAUUUUCUUUCUUUCUUUCUUUCUUUCUUUCUUUCUUUCUUUCUUUCUUUCUUUCUUUCGUUAUUUCUUUCUACCCAUAUAUUCAUUUUCUUUCUUUCUUUCUUUCUUUCUUUCUUUCUUUCUUUUCUUUCUUUCUUUCUUUCUUUCUUUCUUUCUUUCUAUCUAUAUAUUCAUUUUCUUUCUUUUUUUCUUUCUUUCUUUCUUUCUACCUAUAUAUUCAUUUUCUUUCUUUCUUUCUUUCUUUCUUUCUUUCUUUCUUUCUAUAUAUUCAUUUUCUUUCUUUCUUUCUUUCUUUCUUUCUUUCUUUCGUUAUUUCUUUGUGUCCAUAUAUUCAUCUUCUUUCUUUCUUUCUUCCUUUCUAUCCGUCUUUCGUUAUUUCUUUCUACCCAUGUAUUCAUUUUCUUUCUUUCUUUCUUUCUUUCUUUCUUUCUUUCUUUCUUUCUUUCUACCCACAAAUCCGUCAUUUCUAUCUUUCUUUUUUAUUUUUGUUUGUUUGUUUGCUUCUUUCUUUCUUUCUAACUAUUCCCCACACCCAUACCCGACAGAUACAAAUAAACUCAUUUUCCGUGAUUCUUAA